AUGUCUCAUUCGCAACGAGCAAGCACAAUAUAUACUCUAAGAGAUUACGAGCGGGAUCUCAGCUGCAAGACGACUCUUCAGCUAGUGGAUGUCCUACGGACGAAGUUGGUGCUUGGGCACUACAAAGCAACAAUCAUUCCAGAGGUGGACGCGCUGGUGCGAAAGGACCUCAUGUCGACUCUCAUGCUGCUCAUAGACGGCCCAAAUACGCGAGUCCCCAUCAAUCGCAAGCUCCCGCCAGAGCUCCUCAGGGUCAUCUUCGACCACGUCCGCCUGCAGCCAUGCAAGCGGGGCACGCCCGGGACGAGCAUCUGGGACCCGGUCGUCGUCCGGCUCGACUGGCUCAUCCGCGCGUCGCACGUCUGCCGCUACUGGCGGACGAUCAUCGUCGACGAUCCCGCGCUGUGGAACAGGAUUGACGACCCGAGGCGACAUCUGAUGUUUGUGUCCGUCCCGGUGGAGAGAGCACGGAUGAUGCCGCUCGCGAUUUCGAUCAAGGGAGAGCCUACGCCUCCUAUGCGUGCGCUGCUCGAAGGCUCUAAGCCAGUCCGCGAGAUACGUUACGAUGGUAUCAGCGUUAGCUUGUCGCAGAAGCAUCUGCAACGGCAGGCUCCUUUCCUCGAGAACCUCAGUCUGACCGGGACGCCGGGGAGGACGGCGCCUGGGCACGCCCGCAGGCCCAGUGGAGGCUACCCCGUACAGAUAUUCCGAGGAUACACACCCAAUUUGCACCGCCUCGCUCUCGAGUCCCUGAACUGGCUCCCCACACUCCAGAUGUCGUCGCUCACACAUCUCUGCAUCACAGACUGCUACGGCCGAACUCUCCUGCAGAGGAUACUGUCGUUGCUGUCCGUGAGUCAGAACUUGACCGACCUCGUCUUGGUGGACCGCGGCGAUGUCCUGCAUUCCGAAGGACUGCAGCUAGCGACGCCAGUGCACCCCCGCCAUCUGGAGAGACUGGUGUUCAAGAAUAUGUCGAGUGCGGGUGUCACGCUGUUCCUCACACGUGUGCGCCUAAAACCAGAGACGUCCGUGCGGCUGGUCGACGUGCGGCCGCUCAGUCGCCAUCUAUUGGAACAGCUCUCUAGACUGGAGUUGAAAGAGGGCAUCACCAAGCUCUUUAUCAAAGGGUCAGGGACGCGGCGCACCGUCGUCGGGGAGGGACCCUCGACGGGCAUCCUCAUCGACCACUUCGUCGCGGAGAACGAAGACUGGGGCACCGCGUUGCCUAGGAUCCUACCAAUGGAUAAGCUCCGCGAACUCCAUGUAACUCUACGGGAUAGCCCCGCACUCUUUGCCAGUACGCCAACGGCGAUGUUCGACUUCUUACACCAGGCACCCGCCCUGGAACGGAUAUACGUCGACACCGAGGGGCUCAUCAGCCUCCUGGACGCACUUGAAUGCUGUGGCAGAGGCAAGACACCGAAGCUUGCCUGCCCGGACCUCGUGCUGCAUGUCCAAAUGCCCUGCCGUGGGUCCGGGUCGAGCACGGCCCUGAUACAGUCUUUCGCGACUAGACAGACGAAUCUGGGCAUUCGCCGUCUGGUCGCGGAAUACUGCCCAGGAUGUCAGGGGGUGCCGUGCACUAGACCGUGGUUCUCGCGCGAUAUUCAGGUCAACUUUGAAUCAGUAACCUCGACGCCGAAAUCACGCAUGGGGCACGAAUGGCGUAUGCUUCGUACGGACUGGCCGGCAUGUUGA